AUGCAGAACGCCGAGGUUGAAAACUCUGCCGUCACUGGCGGCAAGAUUCUCAAUGUCCACGAAGCUCACAAACUUAUCAUCGAGCAACAAAAACGUAUCGACGAACUUGAAGCACUCAACAAAGAACUUCAAGCGGAGUACACAGAGAUCAAGGAAUCUCUAAAAGAUUCUAUGAACCAAAUCAAGGAGGUUCGACAAGAGAUCACCAAGAAUGCCGACGAUGUCCAAUUCACCCGCAAUCAUGCGGCGAAGCUUCAACAUGAAAUCAAAACCAUGAAGAAGCCCCAGCGAACUUCUGCUAAGAAGCGCGAAUUGGAAAAUGCCCAAGCUCGGAUAGGGGAGCUAGAGACAGAGCUGGAGACGACUCACGCUGAGGCGAGUGAGCUAGAUACACAGCUCAAACAAGUCAAGCUCGAAAAUGAGCAGCUACAAGCCAUUGGCAACAUGGCACGGGAGACCACAGACCGCUGGGAACAGAUGUAUCAGACAUCGCAAGCGGAGUCUCUGGCACGUCAGAAGAAGAUCGAGCAGCUCGAAGCGCAGGGCGGUGCUCCUGGUCAAUUUGCUGGACAGCAGAAAAUGGUUGACACUCCCCCCGCCGAUCCCCAGGGCGGGCAGAUGGGUUUCCCAAUCAAUAUGGGAGUUGGCGAGCAAGUUUCCUCGCAGCAGCAGACUCUUGACACUCCUACCGACCCUCAGGGUGGCUUUGCAUUCGGCAUGGGAGACCACCAACAAGUCUCGCGCUCAGAGGGUGGCCAGUUCGAUGAGGCUAUGGCACAUCUGCCUGACUUCAACCCAGCUACCUUAAACCAACCUGGACUAGACCAAUUUGAUCCCUACGGUUACCAGCAACAGGGCUAUAUGCCUCCCGACCUCAACCAAUGGCAAGGAGGGUAUGGCUUCAACUUCCAGCCCUAA